AUGAGAGCACUCAACUCUCGACGCCCACGGUCAACCGCGAGCAUCUAUCGACUCGUGCCUCGCUCGACUCUUUGUUUCUUCUUUCUGCUUUGCGUCCUUCAUCACACACGAGCGCGAAGUGUGCCUCACGAUGACGGCAGCGUCAUUGUGGAUCAUGAUAAGAUUUCGAAACCGGUAGAGGUGAGUGAUUCUGACAACGUAAACAAAGAGGAUGUGGAUCAAGCACGAAAAAGCUUGGUAAUAGUAGAACAUGAUGAAGAUGAAGAUGUUAGUGAAGGAAGAAAUAACUCAGAGGAAGAGAUAUUCAUCGAGGAUCCUGAAAAGAUUCAGGCCGAAGCUGCCGGUGAUGAAGGUAGCGUAGCGAAGAAGAGAAGACGAAACGAUGUGAAUCUUCCCAGUAAGCCCGUGUCGCAGAAUGGCGAGACUGUCGCACAGAAUGUUGAGGAAAAGAAUGAAGGUAUUCGAAGAUUUGAUGCUCAGUUCGAGUCUGACGAUACUGAGACGAUACUGGAUCAACGGAAUGUAUCGGACAAUAGAGAGAACAGUCAGGAUUCACAAGAAGAUACUAUUAAAAUUAAUGUCGAGGAAUUACAUGCGGAUGUAAAAAACGUAGACGUGCAUGCCGAAGGUAGGGCGGAGCCAGAAGAAGAGAAGAACGUAGACACUUCUUCUAAUCUUGGAGAAAAUCUAGAAGAUAUUAAAUUGAAAUGCACGGAUAAAAUAGAUUUAAACAAAGAAGAAACGGGGCAGAUCGAAAAUUUAGCGGAACAUAAUUUGGAUGAGGCACAAAUAGAGAAUAUCGAAGAAGUGAACGAGGACGUACGCAAUGAGCUUCGUAGCUUGCAGCUUGCUCAAACGGAAGAAACCGAAAGUAAUCAAGAGAAACAUGUCGUGGAAGAAACUGAAAGUAAUCAAGAGAAACGUGUGAUCGACGAGGCUUCUAGCAAUGAAGAAAUCGGUGAUGACGUAGAUCUGGAUCUGAACAGAGAAAAUAGAGCCAGUGUAGUCCAAGGUAAGUCCAAGUACAAGAGUUCGACUGUUUAUUUGAAUGCUGAAGAAGGUAAUUUGCCUGGUCGCGAGCAAGAAUCGAUUGUAGACGGUCAAAUAAAAAAAUUAAUAUCUAUACGAAAUGAUGCACUUGAAUCUGUCAGUAACGAUGCGAAAGAGUCGGAAAAAUUUGAUGAAGAGAGUCUUCUUUCAGAAAAAUUGGUUGAGGUUGAAGCGGUUGCAGCUGAAAAAGACGAAGAGAUUCGUAAUCAACGUAGCAGCAUGGAAGUGACAUCGACUCAAAGUGAGAAUCUUGAUCAUUUAUCUUCAACGACGGAAGCCGAUUUAAACCGUUUUCAAAAAUGGAAGAAUCAAGCUGCGUUUCUUCAGGAACAAAUCAAGAACAGAACAUUUUUGCAGUAUUUAAGAGAACAGGCAAUUGAAGUGCUCCCUGAUAUUCCAAAAUUUACAGAAAACCAGUUAUUGGAUACUUUGAAGAAUAUUGCGAUAACGCGGGAAUCACUUACGAAUGAAACGUAUUUAGCUAGCUUAAACGCGACCGAAUUGACUAAAAACCAAUUGGAAAUAAUAAAGUGUGCCGAGCAACUAGUACAGACAAAACAGCGCCAGUCGUUCGUGGAAAAUAUAGGGGAAUGCAUUCGCGGUCUCAGUGUCUUUAACUGCAUACGCAUCUUUGUCUGGCCCGUCGUGCUUGACAAUCUCCCGGAAUCAGUUAAGCAGCCUCUGAAUUAUCUGCCAAUCGAGGUAAACUUAAUGAAUUUAUUUCAGGGUAACAAAGCCAAAUCUGCGAGAUCAGAGAACAGCAUUCAUCAUCCAUGGUUGAUAACGCCUGAGUUCGUUGUUUUCAACAUUCUGAAGGGUGCUUUGGAAUCGAAAGUCACCUACGACUUGAUGCCGACUUUCAUUGAUCCAUCGAACGAAACCCUGAGGGCACUGCUCACUAUCGGCCAACUCCAAAUUUUGCAGAUGGCUGAGAAACUUUUACCCGGUGAGAGGCGUCGCGAAUAUGCCGACAGGAUGUUCUCAUGCGUACGUAGAUUCGAGUACUUCAGCUGCAUCAAGUAUUUUGCCUGGCCAAUGGUGAAACAACAUUAUCCGACACUGCCGGCUUUUCCGGAUUAUCAGAAUUGGUAUCCGUCAAUACCGUUGUAUCCGCAGUACCCUAUCAUUCCCUUUCCCAGUUUUGUGGGAACUCCUGGCGAGCUUCCAGAAGUCAUUGAAGCUGACGCCACGAGAAUGCGGAAGCCCAAGCCGGAAGCUGUGAUCGUGAACAUUCUUCAGAAUACCUUGAAGGAGCACGCGAAGGUUCCUCCUCCAUCUAUCACUCAUACAGAUUCUUACAUUGCUGUACUUCCUCCGGAGCAAUUACUGUCGAUCCACAUGGCUGAACAGCUACUUCCUAUCGCGUAUCGUCCAGAAUUUGUUCAGAAGACUGUUAAGUGUAUUCAGGAAUUUAAUUAUGUAACCUGUUUUAAAUAUUCCACCUGGCCGACGGUCAAGCAAUUUAUUCCCAAUCUACCGGAUAUUUCCGAGUGGCUACCGGACUGGCAAUUACCCGAUUUCUUCGGUUUGUUGCCAAAUUUUCAGAUUCCUGAUUUUUCAUCAAUUUUAGGAGGAAGCCAAUCACCGACUUUACCGAUUCCUCCGACUUUACCAAAUCCACCGACUACGACGACACCGCUAGUCACUGAAAAUCCAUCUGAAUCCGCUGGUGCAGAAAAAUUAUCCAAUCGGAUUCCAUUAUUAUCGCGCCAAAAUGAAAUUUCUUCUAAAGCAUCCAGCGAAUUAGAAAACAAGGUUACGGAGAUUUUAACAAAGGUACAUAAUUCUCUGAAAGCGACAUCGAAAAAUUCGCAUUUAAUCGUCAACGAAAAUGUCAUUGUUCUGGCAACAAUUACUGAGAAACAACUUAAUAUACUACAAUUAGCGGAGAGCAUGGUACCACCUCCGGCUCGGGCACCUCUUGUAAUUCAAGUUAUGUCUUGCCUCCAGGCAAACAACGACUUUCUCAAUUGCACUAGAUACGUCAUUUGGCCCACAGUUGCUCUUUACGUUCCUAAUUUCCCUGAAUUUCCUGAUUUCUCAUCUGCUCAACAACCAUCAAAACAAGAAGACCAAAUACCAUUAAAAGACAAGAACAUUUCAACUAUCAAGGAUCAGCAGGAAUGGAAUAAAUCGCAAACGAAUUCCAACGUGAAGAUUAUUUCUAGGACGAAAUUUUCACCUAAUAAUGGUCCUGUGAUUAGUAUUACUGGUACCCGAUUUGUGCCGAUAUUUACAGAACAUCCUGAAUCGGUAAUACUUAACAUUCUCAAGACGAUUCAGCUAUCUUCGCCAAAUGUAAGAGAUGAGCAGAGUGUGAAAAUAACCAGCACGCAACACUUUGAUCAUCUGCUUAAUGAUCAACAAUUGACUAUUCUUAAGAUAACAGAGGGCUUACUACCCGAUGCAAUUCGUUCUGCUUUUAUCGAUCGAAUGAUAGAAUGUAUACGCAAGAACAAUUUUCUAGGAUGUUCAAGGACGGUAUUGUGGCCGAGUUUAUCGAAAUAUUUCCCUAGAUUGCCCAGCUUUCCAAAUUUCGAAGGACAUCCUCAAGCAGCAAACAAUACUAAGACUACAUUACCUCAGAAUCUGACUGAUCCAUCGCCGUUGUCGGAGACUGAUGUGAAAGUCGGUCAGCACGGAGAUGCUACUGUUACCAUUACAGAUACUAGAUUUUAUCCGAUUUUUUCGGAACAUCCAGAAGGUGUAAUUUUAAGAAUACUUAAAACCGUGCAACAUUCUACGCCGGAAGUCCUGCCUUCAAUGAUUACUUCAAGAUCGCCGCAUAUAACGUCUUAUUUUACGGAACAGCAAGGUAAUAUCGUUCAAAUUGCCGAAAGUCUAUUACCGGAAUCAGUAAGACCAAUCUUCGUAGAGAGGAUGAUCGCUUGUGUUCGAGAGAGUACAUUCCUCGAUUGUAUGAGGAAUAUAGCUUGGCCGACAAUUGCUCAAUUUUUCCCGAGAUUGCCAAACUUUCCCAAUUUUGAAAAUUUUCAAAUUCUACCAAGAACUAAACUCGAUUUAUCAUCGAUCAUACUACGCAAUGCUUAUUCCGAUAAUCAGACAUCCAAUGAAAAGAGUGAAAAUAUAUCAAAGAUUGCCAUAAAAACAAUUGAGGAUAAAAUAGAGAGUACAUUGAAAGAUUUGCUGAGUAAGAACUCAUCACCGCGUUUAGAAGAUUCUUAUCUAGACGUCAAUAAUCCUGUGAUAGGCACUUUUUUGACUGCUCAGGAGAUGAACAUUGUCAGAUUGGCGGAAAGAGCAAUACCGGAUUUGAUACGUCGCGAAUAUGUAACUAACUUGUUGGACUGCGUGAGAAGAAGCAAUAAUUUCAUGACCUGCACCCAGCAUGUCACUUGGCCAAUUUUGAAGCAAUUUUCGCCAAGUAUACCAAGCCUCGAAGAAUUGUUCGGUCAGCUUCAAACUCCUAGUGCUGGUCAGAUUCCUGGUAUAAGCCUAAUUCCUGGUUCUGGUCAAAUUCCUGGUAUUAGCCAAAUUCCCGGCUCUGGUCAGAUUCCUGGUAUAAGCCUAAUUCCUGGUUCUGGUCAAAUUCCUGGUAUUAGUCAAAUUCCCGGCUCUGGUCAGAUUCCUGGUAUAAGCUUAAUUCCUGGCGCAGGUCAAAUUCCAGGUACCGGCCAAAUUCCUGGAGCCAGUCAGAUCCUUGGUAUAGGUCAAUUUCAGAUCCCUGGUCAGAUCCCGAGUUUUCCUGGAAAUCCUUUCGCCGAGCGUCCCGGCAUACAGUUUCCUCUCCCUCAACGUCCUACAAUACCGAGUGGAAUUCAAACUGGCAUUCCUCAGUUUCCUGGAUUGCCUAGCUUUGGCGGCAUAAAUUAUCCGCAAAUUCAUAUCCUGUCGGACGCGCCGAAAGAGUCGAAGUUGCAGGAGCCAAAGUUGCAGGAAUCGAAGUCGCAGGAAUCGAAAUUGCAGGAGCCGAAGCCGCAGGAGCUGAAGUCUCAAGAGCAAACAAUUCAGUCGAAAGUUGCGCAUGCAGUGGAACAGGCAAACCAGAUAAGUGGAGAAUCGAGGGCUUCGAACACUGCGUCAGUAGACAAGCAAGGAACCAUCCCCAAGUAUCUUGGACAAUCAUCAAACAUCCUCAUAGAUUCCAAGGAAAAAGUCCAGUUAUCUGAAUUUAAGCAACAACCAUUGUCGGAGUCCGUUCCUUCAAGCGAAUCAUCCAAGAAACACGAAAGAAAACGAAGAAGUACUGAUCAAUUAUUAAAUUCUUACUAUGAGACCGAAGGAGAAAUUGAACAGACUUCGGAGACGACAAUGGAUAGCAUGUUCCCGAACAUCACGGAAUCCGACUUUCUUCAGCUUCUAGUUAAUAUUUCCAAAUCUGAAAAAUUUUUGGAAGAAAACUCUAAAGAUAAUUCAAAGGAAUAUUUUGUUGAUACAUUAAAUUAUACAAUCAGAAAUUCUCUAACUGCCGAUCAGUAUGAAAUCUUGAAGCUGGUGGAAGAUUUGAACGAACAUACGGCAAAUCGCAAUUUUCUAUCACGAGUAGUUCGAUGCGUACAGAGCUUGAGCUUUAUCAGAUGCAUGGGCAUUUUCGUCUGGCCAGUAAUUACUAGUAUUGUGCCAUCUAUCUUGCCGUCCUUACCCUCAUUUCCUAUUGGUUUCGGAAGAUCAAUGGAAACUGAAGUACAGAAUUUCUUCGGUAUGUCCACAAAGGAUUUCGAGAAGGAAUUAUUGGCGAGAAAGAAAUCAAUGGAAAAUAUUUUCUUGGACUGGUAUAAGACAGCGAUGGAGGAUAAAUUUCAAAUAGAUAUGGGUUUCCUAAAGCUUAAGGGUUACGGGAACGGUGAAAUCGGUAUAAGUUUCAAUGGCUUUCGCGAAGGGAGAGCUACGAAGAUCAAAGACAAUAAGAAUUUGCCGAGUAUUUUGACGAUCAUCAGCGAUAUUAUGGAAGAAGUAUUAGAUCAGCGGCCGGACAAUGAGAAGCUGAAAAAAGAAAAAGAAAAAAAGGAGAGAAGUCUGGAUGACAUGCAAGAUGCGAAUUUUCAGCUUUUGCAAGAGAGCGAGUACACGGACAUUAAGCGAUCUAUAAAUGACGAUAAGAUAAUCACUAUGUUUCUAGAUAAAAUCAAGGCCAACGCAACGGACUUCGCUGAUGGUGAUGUUGCUCAGUUCCUUAACGUAGAUAAUGCUUACAAUGCUUUCAGUGUACUCUUUGGGACCCGUUUAAACGAAAAGUUUGCGAGCAGAUUAAAAGCCUUUACUGAAGAACAUCUUAGAAGAGAUAAUACUGAGAAGCAUAUGAAAAAUCUUAGCACGGAGGAAAUAAAAGUACCGUUGAAGGAAGAAAUGACCUAUGAGAUUCAAAAAGAAUCUGUAGAAAAUGACAAACGCAAAAGAGAUCAUCGUGCAAAGAACGAAUUCAGAUCUUUGCUGAAUGAAUAUUCAGAGGAUUUAGAAAAGAAGGUGGAAGUUUCUAUGCAGAAGAACGAGGAUCCAGAUAAUGAAAAUAGGAUCAAAGAUACCGAAUCGUCCUCUGACAAUAAUGUGCGUUCAGAACUGAGGGUUUACUUACCACGUUUGCAAGAAGACAUUAUGUCCAAGAAAAUCACGAGUGCGAUGGCUUUGGCUCACGCGAAAGCGGCUGCUUCCAUAGCUGGUAUGAUCAGCAAUAUGGCCCUUGCAUCAGCUAUAUUCGGUAUGAUUCGACAAAGUGUAUUCGGGUCGGAAAAUCCGAAGAUCAAAUAUGUAUACGAUAAUGAUCAAACGGGUCCGGGGAUUACUUGGCCACAUCAUCAUAGAUCAUAUUAUCAUCAUGAGAAAUAGUAUUUUGCCUGCUCAAGUCUUAUUUUUUAUGUACACUAUAUUAAAUUUCCAUACAUAUGUUUUGUUAAGAGCUUUAUAUAAGCCUCUGUUGUUACAGACUUUUCUUGAAGUCUGAAACAAAUAGAAUUAUAUAUUGGGUUAGCUUUAAUGUUUUUAUAUUAGUAUUGUAGUGGUCGCGUUUAUAAGACAAUGUAAUUUCGAGAUAACUACUCGAUUUCUUUGCAUAACAAAAUUUUAUUAUUUCUUAAAAAAAGAUUAGUCGAAAAGAUAGAUAUUAAUAGUUUCUGUAGAUGCGUCCGGGACAUUGUUUCUCGUAAUAUAUCUUAUUUACACUUUAGUAACACAGAAUUCAAGUAGAGCAUUUUCAAAAGUUAGAAUAGAUAAUAUUUAGAAUCUUCUGAAGAAAGGUAUUUUCGUAGAUGAUAUGGAAACAAUCCCUCGCAAUUUAAUCAUAAAACACGCGCCAUUUCGCAGGUGAUAUUUAUUUCAUAUUUUAUGGUGGUGGGUGAUAUUUUUUUAAAGAUUAAGACAUAAGUACGGCAUUAAAAAAUAUGUAAUACGUAAUACAGAAUGUAUCGCAGAAAAAAUAUUGAAUAGCGUAAGUUUUUUUUAAGACUGAUAUAUUCUUAAAUAUAUCUGAUUAAAAAUAAAUGAAUUAUAUCUA